CUCCAUGUUAACACUCGAACACGUUUUGAACGUUUGAGAAGAAAGGGUGAUUGUGAAGUAGGAAGGUUUGAGGUAAGCAAUGGAAGUUUCUUUGAUCAUGAAAAUGUUUCACAGUGUUAUAACAUCAUAGUGACUUAUUAUUUACGGCACUUUUCUGCGCCGAUUACGCAAUAUGACGCAAUAAUCUUUUCUGGUAGUGUUUAGACAGUGCUUUUUUAUUUAUUUUUUAAAUUAUCUGUGCCAGUGUAGGUAGUGGCAAUAAUAUGAACAAGCUUUCGUUGGUAGGAAUGCAACUAUCUGAAAAAUAUAAGGAGAAUUUCGACGUUUCGAGCAAGGCCCUUCGUUUCUCCAUUUAGACAGGUUUCAGAACACUUUUCAAAGUUUCCCGUUGCUAAAAGGAAGUUUGAUCAUAUAGUGAAAAAAUACAUAAUGUUCUUAAAUCUUACUUUACGUGCAAAUUUUACUUCAAAGUUGCUUUUUGGUAAAAUAUAAUUUAUAACGCGCGCCGAAGAUUACUGCCUAAGGCUAUAUAUUUAUAUAACUGAAUGAAGAUACCGCUAUGAUUAAUUAAACCAAGCGUUUCGUGGUUCGAUCUGUUUUUAUGUGCUGUUCAUGUAAACAAUGAGGAUUGAAUCAAUAAUUUAGUUAAUAAAGUUCUUCAUUCACUGCCUACCUUUAGCUUUGUUGUAAACAACUUUGAAUAUUUUUUGAUCAUGCUAGGCUUCCUCCUUGGUAUAGUGCUGCCUUCAACUUUGGAAUUCUUUGAUCACGUUUUCCUGAAAGGAAUGUGAAAAAGAAACGUUAUUUCAUUUCCAUUUACUUAUCGAUCAGCUGUAGCGCGUAUAGUUUAAAACUAGGAGUUCAAAGGGAAUUAAGAAACCUUUCUCCCUCGGUUAAUUUAAACAAUAAAAAUUUCCAUCUUUUAAGAUUGAUGAAAAGAGUCCGAUUUUUUCCAAGCAAAGAUUGAGGCAACUAUACAAGCUAAUUAAAAAUGUCAAAAUUUGAUCUUCCUCAUGGAUGCAGAAACAUGAUUAAGAUAUAGUUAAUUCUUUUAUGAAUUUAAACAAUAUCAGAACACUUUUUUUUCAUUUUUUUUUUGUCUUGAUCUAUAUUCAAUUGGCACCGAUAAUAUAGGCUUUCCUUUGGGCAAAAAUAUGCUAGUUCUCUGUAUAAUACUCCUCUUCUUAUUGCCUGUAUAUAAUCAGUUGUCGUCGGCAAUUACGAAAAGAACAUUUAAAGACAAUAAAACCCACGUCCUUUUUAUGAACUGCAACAAGACUAAAACAGACUUCAUUUCUAACUGUUACACUUUUAAUUAAACAUUCAUAACUUCCUCCAAUAAAAUGCGUUUCCUAAUUAAACGCCCCAAUUUUAAAUGAGCCUACUUUCUAAAUAAAGACAUGGCAUGUCCCACGCACUCUCUAAGCACGCUGUUUUCUAAAUUAGAAUUAAAUAAGACAGCUGCUGUCUGUAGCAACGGGGAAGGACGGUUUAUUAUAGAGGACACGUGCACGUCCAAGACUCAAAAGCCCACUCCAUCGUUAAAUUUAUUUUCUAAUAAUAGAACGUGAAAAAAUUAAGGAUAGUAUGUUAUAUUUUAAGGAGAAAAAUCGUGCUUUAUUUAAAACCGAAGAUGUGGAAGAUAAGUGUUAUCCUUUUGGCUUUUCUACUGACUGUCAUAAAUGGAUUGUAUUUACGGAAAAAUACAUAUGAAGGUACUUAUAUAAUAUUGUGAGGCAUGUUCCAUACGUUAAUUAAUUCAGACGAAUUUAAUUCGUUAUUAAAUUCGUCAAUUGUUCGACACUAAAGUGGUUUCGUUUCAAACGACGAAUUUAAUUCAAACGAAUUAAUUUCAUGUCUAGCGAUCAUGGAUUACCCAGAAGUAAAAACCACGAGAUCAGAAAGAGAGAAACAGACUUUAAGUACUAUUAAAAGUACGAGUAAGAGUGUUUUAUCAUAUAUAAAACCACGACACGCUUAUGAUUUUUCUUUGUGUUUUCCUCCUGAAUUAUUAAUGAGUUUUUUUGGUUUUUCAUUCCUACCCACUACCCGUGGGUGCGCCUCUAAUCCAAGAUCAUUGGAGCUAGAGUGACUAAAGAAACAGCAACUUUGGUUUAUUUUGCCAUCUGCAGCCUAGACCUAGGUCUUCUAUUUUUAUUUUUAUUCUUAUUUUUAAUAUUCAGCGCUUUCUCACAUGAAAAGAUUGGGACCUGGUGCCAUCUGUAAUCACUGGUCUUGAUUUCAUUGUUAACGUUUAUUUUCAGAGGAUGACAAGCGCAGUUUUUUCCCAGGAGUAGACUGUACGACGAAUUCAGACUGCCAAGCGUUGGGAAUAUUUGACACGUGUCUGAUAACGGCAUCGACUGGACGUGGAAACUGUGUUGUUCAGGAUGGUAAGAUAUUAAAUCUGGGAACAUUGCUUGCUAACCAUCUUGGCCUCUUGCAUGGGCAAACCAGAAAACAUUGUUUCCUAGCAAUGUUUCCGAAGGUGGACAAAUCUGGAAACGUGGAAACUGUGUUGUUCAGGAUGGUAAGAUAUUAAAUCUGGGAACAUUGCUUGCUAACCAUCUUGGCCUCUUGCAUGGGCAAACCAGAAAACAUUGUUUCCUAGCAAUGUUUCCGAAGGUGGACAAAUCUGGAAGCAUUGUUUCCUAGCCAUGUUUCCGAAGGCGGACGAACCAGGAAACAUUGUUUCCCAGCCAUGUUUCCCGAAGAUGGACAAACCAGGAAGCAUUAUUGUUUCCUAGCCAUGUUUCCCAAAUGUGGACAAACAAGGAAACAUUGUUUCCUAGUCAUGUUUCCCGAAGGUGGGCAAAUCAGAAAACAUUGUUUCCUAGUCAUGUUUCCUGAAGGUGGGCAAAUCAGAAAACAUUGUUUCCUAGCCAUGUUUCCGAAGGUGGACAAAUCAGGAAGCAUUGUUUCCUAGCCAUGUUUCCAGAAGGUGGGCAAACCAGGAAGCAUUGUUUCCUAACCAUGUUUUCUAAAUGUGGACAAACCAAGAAACAUUGUUUCCUAGUCAUGUUUUCCGAAGGUGGGCAAAACAGGAAACAUUGUUUCAAAUGUGGACAAACCAAGAAACAUUGUUUCCUAGUCAUGUUUUCCGAAGGUGGGCAAAACAGGAAACAUUGUUUCCUAGCCAUGUUUGCCAAAGGUGGACAAACCAGGAACCAUGGUUUCCUAGCCAUAUGUUUUCCGAAGGUGGACAAACAAAAAUUGGACAAACAUAGUAGCAUUGUUUGUAUUUUUGUCUAACAAUUAGGUUCAAGCCAGUCAGCACUGAAACAUGACCCUUUCGUCACAAUAGACAAUACUCCCCAGAUUUGGAAAAAUUACAAAGUUAGUCCUGAAGAAAGGGGGGGGGGGCCUGUAUGCCGCACUUUCUUCAUCAAUGUAGACAAAAUUGACGAUACUUUAUUUAUUAAUAGCGCCAUCAACAAAGAAGAGAUUCCUGUCACAGUCGAAAUGUGUGCAUGAUUCAGAAUGUUUUCGAUUUGGUUUCCAAGUUACUUGCGUGAGAGGCAUUUGUAUGCAUACGCCACCUGUACCAGGUAAAAAUAAAGCCCAACGUGUGGAAUCAGACUUGACCAGGGGUUGGUUGUACGAAAGACGGAUUUUUUCAACCGUUGUAAAUUGUUUGAAAAGCUAUAAAACACGAACAUGCAUCGCACAAUUAAUAAAAGCAACUUGAAUUUUGGGUUAUAUACUAGUUAACAGACAAUUCAGAAAGCUUGAAAACAUCACUAUCCGCGAAGGACAAGGGCUGUCUCCGGCAAAAAUGAUUAUAACAUUUUCUGGCCUCGAUCCCAGGGCUAGUACAUUGGGCAAAUUGACCCGAGUCUCAGUUAUAGAAGGCCAGAAAAUUUGCAACGGGUGGUCCCCAAAAGCAGCUGAGAAUUGGAGAAAUUGUGAAAUGUGAACCCCUUUCUUUUACUAGACAUGGAUAGUGAAAAUUUUUGUGACUUUUUUACUCGUCAUAGUCCGAAAAAUUUUUUGACCAUUUUUUUAGGAAUAUGGUUCGAAUAAAACAGGAUCCACUUAAAAAUUUGACGGGGGGUUACGAAUUACAAAUAAAAACACAAUACUUGAAACACCUAAACUUAAACGAUAUAUAGCACAAAAAUUUCGCCUAACUAAAUUACUUUUAUUCUACUUUUAGUUUUCCCAGACAGCGACGAAACAGAAAAGUGAUGGUC